AUGGCAGCAAAUUUAAUUCAAUUUCUUUUUGCAAUCUCAACAAACACUACGAAAAAUGUGAUUUUAUGUGCAGUAUUUGAAAUCACGAUAAGAAUUUCGUUUACGACACAAAGCGAGCACCUGGAAUUGACAUGCAAGAAAAUCGCUUCAAGUGAUGAAUUUUUAGUUGAUCGGUUUUACAUCUGUCAGGUGCAAUUAAAGAUUUGCUUUCGGGUGAUCGGUAAAUUGCUUUUCAACAUAAAUCUCAAAUUCAUUGCAUGGAAAACACUCGAUGAUUCAUUAACAGCUUUGAGCAAAACAACAAACCAACAGUUCAACUCUUCAUCUAUUACGCAAACAAAAUCACCACGUCGUCAUUUUUGCGUGAAAAUUCAUUAA